AACACUUGUUUUAAAACAUUCAGAUGGCUGAGGGCGAUAAGAAGAAGGCUGCCCGUAAGCAUCACGGGAGCCGAAACCCGGUUCUGGCCCGGGGCAUUGGCCGAUAUUCCCGGUCAGCCAUGUAUUCCCGCCGUGCCAUGUACAAGAGGAAGACUAAAGCUCCUGUGACAAAGAUUGAAAAGAAGCUUAAGGUGAAACCAAUUAAGGAGAAGAAGCCCAUGACUGCCAUCAAGACUGUCGGUGGAGACAAAAAUGGAGGCACCCGUGUCGUCAGACUGCGCAAAAUGCCCCGUUAUUACCCCACAGAGGAUGUGCCCCGUAAGCUUUUGAGUCACGGCAAAAAACCUUUCAGUCGCCACGUCAGAAGACUUCGCAAAACCAUCACCCCUGGAACGGUGCUUAUCCUCCUGACCGGACGCCAUCGUGGAAAGCGUGUGGUCUUCCUUAAGCAGCUGGGAAGUGGUCUCCUCCUUGUUACUGGUCCUCUGGCUCUCAACCGGGUUCCCUUGCGCAGAGCUCACCAGAAGUUUUGCAUUGCCACCGCUACCAAAGUGGACAUCUCUGGGCUGAAAGUCCCCAAGACAUUGACUGAUGCUUACUUCAAGAAGAAGAAGCUGAGGAAACCCAAGCACCAGGAGGGAGAGAUCUUUGACACAGAGAAGGAGAAGUACCAGCUGACAGAGGAACGAAAGGAAGUUCAGAAAGCUGUGGACUCUCAGCUUCUUCCUCUGAUCAAGAAGGUUCCCCAGCUGAAGGGAUACUUGCGCUCCCAAUUCUUCCUGUCUAAUGGAGUUUAUCCCCAUAAACUGGUUUUCUAAGAUGCGAAUAAAAGUCUGUUUACCCA